AUGCCGGUCAAAGCGGGAGCCCGGCCGGCAAUCUUCGGUCCGGCCUCGCAGGGCAGCUUCCUAUUGGCCAUCCCACAAGUUUCUCGGCCUCUGAUUGGUGGAGACGAAAUGCCGGUCAAAGCGGGAGCCCGGCCGGCCUUCUGCGGUCCGGCCUCCCAGGGCAGCUUCCUAUUGGCCAUCCCACAAGUUCCUCGGCCUUUGAUUGGUGAAGGCGAAAUGCCGGUCAAAGCGGGAGCCCGGCCGACCUUCUGCGGGCAGCUUCCUAUUGGCCAGCCCGCAGGCUCCUCGGCCUCCGAUUGGUGGAGGCGAAAUGCCGGUCAAAGCGGGGCGCCCGCCCAGCCGGAUUGGAGGGAAGGAAUGUCAGUUCCCGCGAAGACGCGCGCGGAGUGGCUGCCGGCCCUGGAGAUCCCGCCCCCUCCGCGCUACGAUUGGCUACAGAGCAAGCCCCGCCCCUUUCCCCGCCCCCUGCUACGGCGGGAGCAGGAAGUGGUGGUGGCGACGCCGGCCGCUGCGGGCCCGAGGAGCCCCCGGGACUCCCCCGGCCCCGCCGUGAGCUGGACUUUUGCCGGUAGUUACAGCGGCCUUCUCUCCCUAGGGUCACCCUGGAAUGUGGAAAUGGAAGUUGGAGAUCCUGCUGCCCCCAACCCAGAAGAAAUCGUCCCUGAUGAGACAGGGUUGCCCUCAGAGGUCCCUCACGAGGUGGGGGAGACUUCGGGGGACCCUGCUGAAACAGAAGAGGCAGCUGCUGGCCUUGGGGAGGCCUCGAGAGAUUCUGCAGAGAGAGGUUCGAUGGAGUUAGGUGCGAGUGAGAGCAACCCUACCCUGGAGGGGAAAGAGGUGCUUCAGAGCAAUGGGCCUGUGGAACUGGGUCCCGGCCCCCCUCAACCUGAGGAGGCCAGUGAAAAGGAGCUCUCUGAUUCAGCCUCAAUUGACAACACCCUAGAGGACUCGAGCGAGUACUCUCAGCAAUCCUUGGGAGCGGGGAGUAGUGUGGGGCCUGUUGCCCUGGGGCACAGGGAUGAAGACGUGACGGCCGAGAGCUGGCGGAGCCGCCGAAAGCACGUGUUUGUCUUGAGCGAGGCCGGAAAGCCCAUCUAUUCCCGCUAUGGCAACGAGGAGGCCCUCUCUUCCACCAUGGGCGUCAUGAUGGCGCUUGUGUCUUUCAUCCAGAGCGGCGAUAAUGCCAUCCGCUCCAUCUUCUCAGAUGACCACAAGCUGGUGUUCGUGCAGCAGGGACCGCUAGUGCUGGUGUCGGUAUCUCGAACGCUGCAGUCCGAGCAACAACUCCGCCAGGAGUUGCUCUAUGUCUACUACCAAAUCAUCAGCAUGCUCACCCAGGCCAGCGUCACCCGAAUCUUCGAGCGCAAGAAGAACUACGACCUGCGGCGGUUGCUGGCUGGCUCGGAGAAGAUCCUGGACAGUCUCCUGGACUUGGUGGAGUGGGACCCCAGCUUCCUCCUCGGGGCGGUGCAGUGCCUGCCCCUUCCCGCUUCCCUGCGGGACGCUCUGGGGGCCCUCCUCCAGAAGGCCAUCACCCCCAACCUGGUCUUCUCCAUCCUGGUGGCCCGGAGCCAGCUGGUAACCACGGUGCAGGAGCGGGCCGUGAUUGAGGAUUGCCGCUUGGACCCUGCAGACCUGCAUCUGUUGCUCAACCUGAUUGGCGCCUCCUCGGCUUUCCAGGCGGGUGAGAUCUGGACCCCCAUAUGCCUCCCGCGCUUCAACCCCGACGGCUACUUCUACGCUUACAUCUCAUACCUGGACCCGGACUGCACCGUCUGCCUCGUCUUGCUCUCCACCGACAAGGAGGCCUUUUACGCCGUGGCGGACUGCAAACGGCGGGUGGAGGAGGGCAUGCGGACUCAAAACGCCCUGCAGGCCAUUGCCGCUGGUCUGCGCAGCCCCUCCUACAGCGUGGGACUGGUGGGCGUGCCUGACCUGCGACACUUCAUGUACAAACCCCUGGACAUUCCCGAUAACUACCGGCAGCUCCCUCAGUUUACCAGCCCUGAAAUGGAAGGGCCCUACCGCAGUGAGAGCGAGCGACAACGGCUCUUUGAUCUCUACCACUACUUGCACAGCCGCCUCCACAGCAACUCCCGGCCUCUCCGCCUAAUCUAUCAUGUGGCUGAGAAGGAAACCCUGCUGGCAUGGGUCACCAGCAAAUUUGAGCUGUACACUUGCUUCAGCCCCUUGGUCACCAAGGCCGGCGCCAUCAACGUCAUCACUAAGCUGUUGCGCUGGCUCAAGAAGGAAGAGGACCGGCUCUUCAUCCGCUAUCCCCCGAAAUACUCCACCACCCCCACCCCGGGCCGGGGAUCUCGGGGCGGCCGGGGAACGGACAGAACGGACACUGCUACUGCAGAGAACGGUUUUUUCUCGGGACUCUAGGAAUGGUUCCCCUUCCCCUAACCCGCUGGUCAAUUGCCCCGGAGGUCCCCUGGCCUUUCCGUUUGUCUUCUCAAUCCUUCCCCCUCGGUGAAAAGGGCCUCAGGCGAUCUGCUGUGUCCCCUGCCUCUGCCUGCUUCCCCGUUGGGUCUCAGCCUGGUGUGGGAGAGAGUUGCUGCUUGUCGGUUUGAUUUUUGUCUGUUGCAUGCUCUUCUGGAGAAAUAUGCUCCCCACCAAUAAGUAUCCUAUCUUCCUCUCCGGUGACUCCACAAAGAGCGCCGGGCCUGGCUACCCUGCCUAAAAAAUGUCUUUGGGGCAGGGAAGCGGAGGGUAGACUUCCUGAGGCCUCUUCCUGACUCUACCCCAUGUAGUCUUUUGUCCGUCCUGGGGUAAGCCAUUUUUCCAUCUCACGGCCUCUGGGUCUUCAGCCAUAAAAUGGAAAGAGGAACGCUGUGGAUACCUCAGGGAAAAGGUACAGUGUGAAGAUGAACUCACCUGAGCUCAUGCCUGACUCCUUUCUCCUUCCUGCCCAUCCUGCCGCUCAGAAGACAUAGCUGGUGAAGGAGUGCAAUGCUUACCUAAGCCCCUUAAUUUAUAUUUUUCCUCUUUGCUGUUGCUGGCUAGUUGGUUUUUCCAGACUUCCUUCUUGGGGGCUCUUUCUCCCCUUUUGGAAUAAAUGAGCAACGGGAUUGCCAGAGUGCCGGGGCUGGGUGGGGGCGGUGGCGGUGAAAGAGAAAUCGUGGCUGAACUCAUUGACAAGAUUAGUAGUUACUGUGCUGGUGUGCAGAGGGGACUCCAGCUCGAAUGUGGAGAUUGGGAAUGGAACAAUCAGCUGAGUGGGAAGACUCAACCAAUAUUUCUCUCUCAGGAAGUCUGUUGUCAGCUUCUCUUUCCAGAAUGUGUAUUCCUCAUGGGUCCGUAGUUCUCAGCAUCCCUAGAUCUCUGCUCUGACUCUUCGCCCAUCAGUAUUUCUCGUUAGAAGGUCUACAACCUCCCUGAUCCCGUCAAGGUUUUGUUGCUGUCCCCAUCAGAGUGCCUGGCCCAGAACUGAGUGAUUAUUCCCAGCAAAGUUAGAGGGAAGCCUUCCUUUCGACAGUGCUUUUAUUCCUGGAAUUGGCCCUGGAGCUCAUCAGGGCCCUGCUAAUCCUAACUCUUGGUUAGGACUUUGGAAAGCCCUUUCCUUCCUCUUACCCCUCACCAUGAAAAGUUUUACUUUUAUGAGCUGUAUUGGAGGAGAUUCAGGAGCUGGCCACGGGCUUUGACCCAGCAUUUUGACUUUUCAGGGUCCAUCCAGAUUUUUAAAAACACAAUCCCACCCCCACCCCUAUAACCCUUAGUUCUGUGGUGGUCUUAGACUAUGAUGGUUUUCCAGGAGCAGGCCCGGGGGCAGACCGCUUCUUAAAGGUGGCAGCUCCUUCUCCCUUUCAUACACCUCUCUCCAAGCUUGAAGAGGGUAGCGAGGGUUUUGCCCAAAUUUGGCUCUGUCUACUGGUUUAAUUCUCUAUUACCAGUGACUGGUUCCCUAGCCUUAGUCUCUAAGCAAGAAUGGGUGGAACAAGAUGUCUCCCUUACCCACUAAACUUACUCGGGAAAUAUAAUCCAAGGAGUAGAUCUAUUCUAUUUUUCCACAUUCUGCUUGAUGAUGAUGGCAUUUAUUAA